UCUCUCUCUUUAUAUAUUUCUGUAUUUUUUGUUUUUAUAUAUUUUUACACUCGUUUUCAUUAUUUAUUAAUUUCUUUUACUUUCAUUGUGGGCCGAUCCACUGACCAUACUGGACAUUACGUUUUAGCUUAUUGAAUGGACAGACAAUGUAGCGGGGGAAAAAUAGAAGCAAAAUAAAAAAAAAUAAAAAAACAUAUAUAAUAAUAAUAAUAAUAAUAAUAGGCUAUAACCAUUAUACUAAAAUAACAGCAAACAAAAAAUGCAAUAAAAACAAAAUAUUUAAAAUAUGGGAUGUCUGUAAGAGAUUCCUUGGUUCUUCUGAUAACGAACAAGACAGAAAUAAUUUAGAGGAUGAAAUAUUUUGGAAGGGAGAUUCAAGAAGAAAUGUAAAAUAUAUUGGUAAAAUUUGCAGCUUAUUUGUUCAUUGGUCGGAUGUGUCUCAAAAGCUGACAGACAUGUAAAGAAAAUAUUUUUCAAAAAUCCCCUCAAAAUCUUGACAAAAAAACAUUAAAGAAACCCAUAAUGGACUCUGAAUUAAUAUGGCUGAACUAUCUUUAGAAUUUGUCAACUGACUGGACGUCUUGGAGUUUGUAUUUCCUAACUUUUUACUGACAUUCUUUUGGUGUAUUUUUUUUUGGUGAAUUCUUCAGGAGUUUUCUCCUGUUAUAUGCAUAUUUGUUUUUUCCUUUUUUGUUCUAUUUUGUUCUUAUUUUCAUGUGGUUCUUUGGUUCAGGUUUUGGAUUUUGUCUUCUGCUUUUAAAAUUACAUUAUUAAUAUUUCAAUUUGAUUGCUUCUUUAUUCUUAUUCUUUCUUUUAUACAUUUCUUCAUCGCUGUUGUUUCUUUCACAUCUUCCUUCCCCUAUCCUACUCCAUUCUUCUUUCACAUUUCCAGAUAUUUUCAAACCUGGCUAUAAAAGAAAAUUUUAUAUCAGCGAAAAGGACUUUUUUUUUCUUAUGUAUUCAAAUCUAUAUUUUUUUAAAAAUUCAACUAUAUUUUGUAUUUAUCUUUUGUAUCUUCUUUUUGAUAUUUAAGUUUUAUAGUUUUCACUUUAUCUUAUUUUUGCUUUUUUACAGUGUUGUUGUUUGCCAUUUUCUAUGUAAUUUAAAGACAUAUAUUCCAGAAUAUUCUAGUGGACUUUAUUGGAAUAUCAAGAAAAUGCAAAUUUUCUCUGUCUUUAUGAUUCAUUCCAUUUGAAUGAAUGAGUUCUUUUUCAUCUCAUGGCUGAAGCAAAAUGGAUGAAUUUAUAUUUUCAUUGACCAAAAUUGACUAUUUCAUCAUGGAAUUAGAGAAUUCCUCAUAUUCAAUGAGAGAACUUCCAUUCUCUGCCGUUUUCCCCUCCUCUGUAAAAUGUAUAAAGUUUCUCUGGAAAAAUUUGACUCUUUUUAUAUAAAACUGUCUGGUUGAAUUUGAAACAAAAUCACAACCCAAAUUUCAUUACAAUGUGAAUGACAACAUGGCCAUCUUCAAGAUAAUAAAUACCUUUAUAUAAGAUUAUAUUUAUUUUACUUACUGCUUUAGCAUUUAAACCAGCCUUAUCCAGCCCAAAUAUUCCAUUUUGUGGUCAAACAGGCCAUAUCCAGCCUCUCACACCUACCCUACAAUGUCAUUCUAAAAGUAAUCAUGUCACUGGAAUCACCACAGCUAUGAGAUAACGCCUGAUUAAUUCAAAACAAUGUGAAUAAAAAAGCAUUACAUUUGACAGAGUAAUUUGAAUGCUAAAGGGUAAGACCCCUUCCAAAUAUCAUGAUUAUAUUGAAAAUUGGAGCAUUCAGGAAUUCUUCUUUGGAAUAUAAUCACCAAAGAAUUCAUAACAGUUUCUUCUUAUUUAAUGAAAUUUGGUUCUUUGAGAUUAAACAGUAAACCUGUUAAAAAUGGAGCCUGAAAUUUCUGUUCAGACAGGUGUAAUCAUAGCUGUUAAUUUUAUUAUCAUUGUUGGUAAUAUUCUCAUAAUUCUUGUACUUUGCAACACGAAUUGCCUUCACAAUGUCAACAAACUGUUUUUCUAUUCACUGACUUUUGCUGACCUCUGUCUAGGACUUUUCAUAACCCCAUUUUCCAUCCUCACCUCUUUUUUUGGCCAAUGGGUGUAUGGUGACAACAGAUUUUGUCAAGUCGAAGCCUAUCUUACUACUAUAUUCUGGAUUGCUGGCCUGUAUUCACUGAUGUGCAUCAAUGUUGAUCACUACAUUGCUAUUCGUAGACCAGAGCGGUACAAUACGCUCAUGUCUCCGGUACGCUGUAUCUGUUGGACAGUUUUUGUGUGGUUUUCAGCUUUCAGCUUCUGCUGUCCUCCGCUUUUUGCACUGCAUCGUGCGCGAUACGAUGAGGAGGCCUUCAUGUGCAUCAUCGACACCAGGCUCCAGUUGGCCUACUUCAUCACAGCAGGCCUCAUCAUGACCUGUCCGCCGAUAUUUGGGCUGAUUUACACCAUUUCCUACUUGUGCUCCUCUUCCUUCAGAAAGAAACGGGAGGUCUAUGAGACAAUCCUUCAAGACCGAGCAUCUCGACCAUGGAAUUACUUCAUGAACUCUGUAGCAUCUGUAAUAUUCACCUUGGCAUGGAUCCCAUGGUGUGUUUUACAAGUGCACGAUAUUAUUUACAGUAGGACCCAAAAUGGAUACAGGAGCCCAUUGCAUUUUUACUUGUUGUGGCUUGCCAUCGGGAACUCAUUCUACAAGUUUUUCAUCUAUAUAACAAUGAGUCGUGAGUUUCGUAUGGGUCUGCGGCAACUGUGGAGCAAACCUGACUGCUCGUGUUCAGCUUCCAGAAUACAGGAGCAAGAAUCAAACGUUAUAACUUUAGACACAAAAAUGAGGAACAGAUCAAGUAUGGAUGUCUAGAAAUCUCUAUAAAAAAAAAAGUGCACCAUAAUACAGUUCAUAAAACUUAUUUUCCAAAUUUUUUUCACUGUUGUACAUCCAUACAUCAUGUUUGUAGUGUGGCUGGAAUGAUUUAUUCUGUUGGAAGAUUCGUUUAAAUAUCUGGAUAAUGCCAUUCUGAUUGCUAACUAAACACUCAACCAUGACUUGAGAACUUGGAAUCUAAUACAUAUUGUGGUUCACUCUGUCCAGCUGGAGCAAAUGGAGUUAAUGUGCCUUGGACAGGUAUUAAGGGCUGUUAGGCCAAGACGAAUUAUAAUGGGUAACACCUGGGGAGAAAUUUUGAAAGGAUAUAGAAUAGAGAGUAGAAGGGACAAAAUAUCAAGAGGCAAAAGAAAUGACAUCUGGCUGGCCAUUAAAUCCAGAAAAUACAGAGAGAGACAAGAAAAAUGGCCUGUAGUCACGUGACCAACAGGCAGAGGGGAAGGGGGUGAGAGAGAGAAUGAGGGAAAGAAACAGAGGGAGUGAGGAGAAAGGAGAAAGAAAGAAAGAAAGAAAGACAGGGAACAGCAAAGAAGGAAGGGGAGAGAAAGAAAUAUAGAAGAUGAUAGAAAGAAAAAAAAAAAAGGCAGGGGACAGAGUGUUGAGUCACAGAGAUUAUAUGUAAAUGUAAAAAACUCAUUGUUGGCGCUGGUGAUGUCCGGUUCUUAAUGUGUGUAUAGUUUCAUUUAUUUAAUAAUUGAACACCACACGGCCCUUGUGGACUGGAACUUAAAAAGUCUACUUCACAACCUGUUGAAUAAAAGCUAAUCAGGUGAAAUAUUCAGACCCAGUUAAAAUGAACUUUAUAACAUUUUUACUCUGCUUUUAUUAUUGAACCACCAUCCUAUCCAUAUUUUUAUUCAUAUUGCUUUAAAAUAAUAACUUUUAACCAACAUUCACACACACACACACACACACAUGUUUACCAGGGGUUAUAUUCCGAGUUUGCUAGGUGUGCACUGCACAGUCAACCAAAAAUGGCAAAAUUCAUAAUAAAUAUUUCCUUACUCGUUAAUUUAAUUACAAAUCUUAAUGGAAAAACUUUUGUUAUAUUCCUGCUUGAAAUUUGGUGGCAUUGGGUGUGGCAACACACCCAGUACAACCACCACCACCAUCCACGCCGCUGAUGUUAACACAUGUACACAUCCAUAUCUGGGUAAACGAAUGUGUGUGCACAUUCAGUUUUAUCGUUAUAUUUAAUAAACAUUUAGUCUUGCUCUGUGUGUGAGGGAUGAGCAUGUUUACAUGAGCUAUGUGCUUUUUCUGUGUAUUCCUUUGUUGUCCUUCUGUGCAACUUUGCACUCCUGUGUCAUCAUCGUCAUUUAACGUCCGCUUUCCAUGCUGGCAUGGGUUGGACAAUUUGACUGAGGACUGGUGAACCGGAUGGCUGCACCAGGCUCCAAUCAGAUCUGGCAGAGUUUCUACAGCUGGAUACCCUUCCUAACGCCAACCACUCUGAGAGUGUAGUGGGUGCUUUUUAUGUGCCACAGGGACAGGGACCAGUCAGGCAGUUCUGGCAACAGUGCCACCUGCACAGGAGCCAGUCCAACGGCACUGGCAGCGACCACGCUCAAAUGUUUUUCGUGUGCCACUGGCAUAGGUGCCAGUAAGGUGACACUGGUAACGAUCACGCUCAAAUGGUGCAUUUUAUGUGCCACCGGCACGGGAGUCAGUCAGUGGCCCUGGCAACGAUCACACUUGGAUAGUGCUUUUAAUGUUCCACUGGCACGGUUGCCACAUAUAUAUAUACACAGACAUGUACACAUGACCAUUGUAUUCUGUGAUUUCAUUAAAUGGUUCAGUUAUUAUUUUUCAAUGCUUGGAGCUUUCCUUAAACAAUUGUCCAUCAGGUGGUCAAUGAUAAUGAGGAAUAGUUUAUUCAGUAAAAUACUUUCCUACCCCCCCUCCCGGCAAUCCUCAUUUCUAUUUGGUUCAAUCCAUUGUCUGGGUUUAAAGCCACCACUUGACUCCUUUUGUGCUUUUAACAGAGUCCACUCUUUUGCAAGCAUUUAGCUCAACCCUUUGGUCUGACAGUCUGAGGGUAACUUUUCCCUAUUGCCAAUACUGUAUGGGGUGUUCAUAAGUUACCUUUAUAACUUCCAUAGCAAAAUUGAAUCUAUUAACGUUGAGAUCCAUCGAUAAACUUCUUUGCACGUUAAAUAAAUAUUAUUAAAGUUUUAAUAUUGUUGUAAUAUUUGAAUUACUUUUGUUAAUCUUUAAAGGUGUUUAUUAUUAUCCCUGAGAGAGAGAGAGAGAGAGAGAGAGAGAGAGAGAGAGAGAGAGAGAGGAUUUGUGCAGAAGAAAAAGUUUUCAAUAAGAUAGUAACUUUUAAUAUUUUUAUUUGGGUUUUGUCAGUGUUUCAUUUUUCUGGAUUUUGUCUGGACAUUCACAGUCAUCGGGCAAGUUAUGAUGAUUCGUAACUUACUCAAUGACUCUGCGAGCAUACAGGCAAAGGUCCAGGGUUGUAAGGGACAGACUUAACCAAAAUAUGAAUUAAUAUAGACACAAAUCAUUCAUCCAGACUGAACAGACAAAAUACACACUCACACACUGCACACACGUUUACACACACACGUUUACACACACACGUUUACACAUACACUUUUAUCUUGAUAUUGAAUACUCUGUUUUUUAACUGAAACAAGCUGUGCAUCAUUACAAUAUGUAUGCGUAUAGAAAUUUGUGUUUGCAUGUGUGUGUGUAUGUAUACACACAUAUAUACAUACAUACAUUUUCUUCUCAAUGUAUUUAAGCUACAACCACUAACGAUAUACUCUAAUGAAUCUGAACGAAUGGAACAUUGCUUAUGUAACGAGGUACAUCUUUACAUCACCUGGUGAGAUACUUCUGUACCUUGGGAUGCACCAAAAUUGAUUGUAUAGUUUCCCACCCCUGAGGGAGCAAGGCAAGAUGUGUCGAAACGAUCAUUGUGAUCCAGAAAGUUUCCUGUAUAUUCCAUUUCUCAUCUCUAUUGCUUUUGUUAUAUGUACAUGCAUAAUUACAUAAGUAACAAACUGGAAGAAUAAAGAGUACUCAAUGCUGGAAGGUAGAUAACUAGUUGUUUUUAAUGCAACUUAUGUUAAUAUUCAAGAACCCAAGGUUCCCUGCUGUAUGAUGACAAAAGUCAGCAAAAGUUUUAAAAUCACAAACAACAACUCCAUCAUUAUAAUUGAUGAUAGCUGAGCAUCAGCUACUAUUCCAAUUCAUGUUCAAUAAUUCUUGACACUUGUCAGCAUGAAACCUCAGGUUCUAGAACAUAUAUAUAUAUAAUACUAUGCUAUGCAGUAUUACAGAUCCAUUUCAGCUGAUUUUGCUUAUUAGUAUCAUAUAUGAUUUAGAUGAUAACCAACGCUGCUUGUCAGAAAUGUUGAUGAACAGUAUCUUAAGUCACUGCCUGACUCAUAUGCAAAACAGAUUUUGAUAAAAUCAACUAGUAUGAACCUGUAAUAUGAGUGCCUGUUUUCUCUGACUUAUGGAUUCUUAGAUGACAUAUAUAUAUAUAUAUAUAUUUCAAAUUAGACUAAAGAGAAUAAAAAAAUUCUUCCCUUAAAAUUCAAGCAUUAUUUUUGCUAAGUCUGCCAUGAUUUUUCUGAAAAGACUCUGUAGUCAAGGCUUCCAUUGUUUAAACUCUCGUCUCUCAGCAAAAUCUUCAUGAGGGUCGGUAAAUUUGUUUAAAUGGUUCUAAUCCCAGAAAAAGUAGAAAAAAAACAAAACAAAACAAAAAAGAAUUGUGAGGCAGGAAUGUUUCAUGCUUUUUCUGUAAACUUUAUUUGUUCAAACAUAUUUCUAUAGCUUCUGCUAAAAGAGGAAAAAAAGUGUUGCCGUAUUUUGCAUCAUUCAUUGUUAUAUAAUUGUUGUUAAUAUUUUCCUGAAUGUGGACAUUUUUAAUGUCUAGAAUUAAAUGGAAAAUGGUCUGGCAUCAUUUCUGUUGCAAUGUUAUUGGUUAUUUUUAUUUAUUUAUAUAUUUAUAUUUCUAUCCAAAUAUAUAUACAUAUUUAUGUAUUUAUUCUCAAAAGAGUAUCAUUAAAAAUCCAAAGAAAAUCCAUAAUUAAGGAUAAUGAAUGUCUUGGACUAUUUCCUGUGAAAUUGCUGUUUAAAAUAUGAAAUUUUAUUCUAAUGCUCUCAUGAUGUUUUACAGAAAGAGAGAAAAAAAUUAAAUAAAUAAAAGCUUGUUUUGAAAUAUUAAAUAACCACAGAUUACAUCUUUUA